AAUAGAAAUGAUGCUAAGAAGUCUUUGGAGAUCCCCAGCCUUUUCUUUUUCAUAUUAUGCUAACUUAGAUUUAAGUUGUCCUUAUCCAUCUUUUUAAGUACAUUAAAAUAGAUAUACAUUGAUAGGCUAGAGACCUUACAACGACUCAUACAAUGCAUUAUAUUACAAAACCUCCUUGUGAUCCAAAAAUAAUGACAUUUGGAGCUUUUCAUACAGAUCAUUUAUUAGAGAUUGAUUGGUCUGAGAAGAUGGGGUAGAAGAUUGAAUAAAUUAUUGAAUUAGAUGGAGUCGACCUUAAAUUGUACCAUUUAAAAGUUUUAGUAUUCAUCCAUUUUCAGCAUGUUUACAUUAUGCAAUAGAAUGUUUUGAAGGUGCUAAAGUAAUUGAUUUAUAUAUUAUAAAUAUAGGCAUAUAGAGGACCUAAUAAUUCAAUAAGAACAUUUAGAUUGAAUUGUAAUAUGUAUAGAAUGAAACAAUCUGCAAAGAGAUUAUCAUUACCAGAUUUUGAUGGUGCAGAAUUAGAAAGAUGCAUUGAAUAAUUAUUAAAAGUGGAUAGAGAUUGGAUUCCUGAUAGACAAGGUUUUAGUUGUUAUAUUAGACCAACAUUGAUGGCAACAGAAGAAGCUUUGGGAGUUAGAGCAUCAAGUAGAGCUAAAUUAUUUGUUGCAUUAUGUCCUGUAGGUCCAUAUUUUCCAUCUGGUUUAAAACCUGUUCGUGUAUUUUGUAAUAUAUCAACAGUAAAAAUGCUUGUAAACAAUAGAUUCGUUCAGCACCAGGAGGAGUAGGAGGAUAUAAAGUUGCUGGUAAUUAUGCUCCUACUGUUUUACCUUUGAAAGAAGUAUAAAAAAUUGGAUUCCAUUAAAAUUUAUGGAUGUUACCAGAUGGAUUAGUAUAAGAAAUGGGAGUUUGCAAUUUAUUCUUCUUUUGGAAAAACAAAUAAGGAGAAAGAGAACUAGUUACACCAAUAUUAGAUGGUACAAUUCUACCAGGAAUUUUAAGAGAUUCUAUUUUGGUAUAAAAUGGUAUAAUAGAUAGGAACUUACAAGAAGUAUGGGAAAAUUUAAAGUUAUUGAAAAGAAACUAUACAUUUAAGAGGUCGUAGAAGCAAUUGAGGAUGGAAGAGUAAUAAAAUUAAAUAUUUUUAAGAUGAUUGAAAUGUUUGGAUCUGGUACAGCUGUUAGUAUUUAACCAAUAGAAGCAAUUGGAUUUAAUGAUAAAAUCUAUGAAGUUUAAUAUGAUUCAAAAUUAAAUGCUGGAGAACUUUCACAUGAAUUAUUUGAUAUUUUAACAAAAAUAUAAGUAAAUUUAAUAUUAAUAUUAGACUGGUGGUGAAGAACACAAAUGGAUUAAAUCAAUAUGAUUUAAAUUGUUUUAUUUUAUAAGUUAAUCAUGAC